ACUUUUAAGUUUGUUACCACCAUGAUGCAUAUCAUUUCGAGUUCAGGACUAAUUGUACUCUUGGUGAUAGGAACAGCGGUUCCAAGCAAAUCAACUACUGAUCCGCUUACUAUACCCCAAUCAAAGUUGAACCUUCAAAGGCAACAAUCUGAAUCACAAUUUGAGGCACAAUCCCAAUCCCAAUCGCAAUCACAAUCGCAGUCGCAGUCGCAAUCUAAUGUCCAAAAUUGGAAUGCAGAAAUCAAGAGCCAGCAAAAUGAUCAAACACAGUCACAGUCCAAUGCUCAAUCUGAAUCACAACGACAGUCACAGUCACAGGCACAAGAUCAAUCCCAAUAUCAACGACAAGCUCUGCUAAACAUUGGACAUCAAAAUGAUGAUGAAAGUAAAUAUCAACCAAAUCAGUCAGCAAACGAAUACAUAAAUAGGAUCAAACUUGAUGCCAAUCUAGAAGAAAAAUUAUGGAACUUAGCACUAGCACUAGUAAAAGCACAGAAUAGUGUAGUUUCGUGGAAGGAUUCACGUGCGGGUACACAAUAUAAUAUUCGGGCUCAGACUGAAAUUUAUAGGAAGUACAAAACUUUGGCAGAAGCAGAGGCUAAAACAGAAGCUAAGGCUCAAGCUGUAUGCAAAUAUUUGAGAGAAGCCCGGGCUCAAGCAGAAAUGAGGGCCCAACGUCAAAAAACGUAUUUAGGAGAUCUCCAGGCUGAAGUAAAAUUUUUCAAAGAAGCUGAGGAUAAGGCUAAAGCACAAGUCGUGGCUCACCAAUCGGCUCUGCAACUGAACCUGCCUGCAGCUUUUACACAGGAACAGGCUGUAAGCCGGAAGCAAUACUUGAGAGAGAUCCUUGCCCAAGCUAAAGUUCGCAGUUAUUGGGAGAGGCAACCUCAAAUUCUACCUGGGAAUCAUAUCCAACAGAUCCAAUCACAGUCUCAUGCACAGGGUCAAGCUCUAUAUUUGAGAGAAGUCGAGGCCCAAUCACAGUCUCAAUCUCAGGCUCAAGCACAGGCUCAAGCUCAGGCUCAAGCCCAGGCUCAAGCUCAAGCUCAAGCUCAGGCUCAAGCUCAGGCUCAAGCUCAGGCUCAAGCUCAGGCUCAAGCUCAGGCUCAAGCUCAAGCUCAGGCUCAAGCUCAGGCUCAAGCUCAGGCUCAAGCUCAGGCUCAAGCUCAGGCUCAAGCUCAGGCUCAAGCUCAGGCUCAAGCUCAGGCUCAAGCUCAAGCUCAGGCUCAAGCUCAGGCUCAAGCUCAAGCUCAGGCUCAAGCUCAGGCUCAAGCUCAGGCUCAAGCUCAGGCUCAAGCUCAAGCUCAGGCCCAAGCUCAGGCUCAAGCUCAAGCACAAGCUCAGGCUCAAGCUGAAUAUUUAAGAGAAGUCCAGGCUCAGAAUCAAGUACAGAGGCAAGUGGAAUCCCAAACUCUUUCAAAAUACAAAAACUUUGACCCCAAUUCCGCUUCAAAAAAUAUUAAAAACUAUCAAGACUCUCAAGAUGAAGGAUUAGAAGAACAACCACUAUCUGAUAGUUCGUUUGAUACUGAAUAUUUUCGAACGAAGAAAAAGUUGGCCGGAUUAAGAGACAGGAGAGUGUCAGAUUGCAGUCGGUGCAGUAAUCCCCCAAAAUACUUUAUUUCUCAAGCUGACAUCGAAAUGGCUGCUAAGCUAACUACGGUUGAUUUAAUCCAUAAAAACGGAUAUCCUGUAGAGACCCAUGUUGUACAAACUAGUGAUGGCUACAUACUCGGCCUCCAUCGUAUUCCGCGGCCAGGGGCGCAGCCUAUUGUCCUCGUCCACGGUUUGAUGAGCAGCUCCGCAGUUUGGGUAGAAAUGGGUCCUUCGGAUGGUCUAGCCUACAUCCUGUAUCGGAAGGGUUACGACGUCUGGAUGCUGAAUACCCGAGGCAACAUCUAUUCUCGGGAGCACUCGAGAGGGCGAUUGAGCGAUAAAGAAUACUGGGACUUUUCUUUCCACGAGAUUGGCAUUUACGAUAUUCCUGCAGCCAUCGAUUACAUUCUGUUUGCAACGGAUAAGCCAAAAGUCCAGUACAUUGGCCACUCCCAAGGCUGCACUGCAUUCUUUGUGAUGGGCAGCGAAAAGCCUGAGUAUAUGAGUAAGGUAACACUUAUGCAGGCUCUGUCUCCAACAGUUUACAACGAGGGAAACCGCAGUCCUGUUUUAAAGCACCUUGGCUUAUUAAAAGGAGGCUUUUCGAUGCUAUUGAAUCUUUUCGGUGGCUAUUCGAUUUCUCGCACAACUCAGCUCAUCAAACAAUUCCACAAAUACAUCUGCACUGCAACGAGGAUAACCAGUAAAAUUUGUGCUAUCUUCGACUAUGUGGUAUGCGGCUUCAACUGGAAGAGCUUCAAUGAGACCCUAAGCCCCAUCGUAGAGGGCCACUCAUCGCAGGGUACCGCUGCCAAGCAGCUCAUCCACUACGGCCAGUUGCAAGGAACCAUCAACUUCCAGCGUUACGACUACGGUUUUCUGAUAAACCGCGUGCGCUACCACGAUCGCUAUCCUCCACAGUAUAAUCUCUCGGCUGUGAACUGCAAGGUAGCACUGCAUCAUGGUGAUGGCGACUGGUUGGGAUCCGGAUCAGAUGUGCAGAGGCUGCAGCAGAUCCUGCCCAACGUCAUUCAGUCCAGAAAGGUGCCCUUUGAUGCCUUUGCCCAUUUUGACUUUACACUCGCAAUGAAUGUCCGACCUUUGGUCUAUGACAGUGUUGUAAACACUUGCUCGAAUCAAGGCUAUUAAUAAAUGUAGCCACAAUUGGGCUUUUUUUCAAUAGAAAAAGAAUAGAAAUUUUCAGUAAUUUUUAUUUAGAUAUCUAAAUAAAGUUGAAAAAAGAAUAUUUAAA